GUGAGUGGUGUGACUACGGGCCUCACAUUGUCGCUAACUUUUUGCUUGUCAUUCUCAAAGCUAAAGAUUUUAUUAAACCGUUUUUUAGUCCACCAAAAUGGGUGACGAUGAAGAAAAGUAUGACGGCAUGUUGCUUGUUAUGGCACAGCAACACGAAGGAGGAGUACAAGACUUAGUAAACACAUUUUUCAGUUUUCUGCGCCGCAAAACUGAUUUUUUCACUGGUGGUGAAUCAGGAGCUGCAGAGAAGCUAGUCAAAGAUGCCCUCGCCCACCACAGUCAGCUAGCCCAAAAGUCCCAAAAGGAGAAGCAGAAGAAACAGGAGAAGGAAAGGAAAGAGAAAGCCGAAAGAGCCGCCAAGCUAGCGGAGGAAGAGAGAAAGAAGAAACUUGACGACGGUCCCAGAAUUCAGGAACUGACUGAUGAAGAUGCAGAGAAACUUCAGGCAGAGCUUGACAAGAAAAAGAAAGAAGAGGAGAAAAAGGAGGAAGCAGAAAAAGAUGCAGAAAAAGUAGAAAAAGAGAAGGGGUCUGAGUCAGAGGGAGAAGAGGAUGAGAAGGACAAAGAUAAACUGAAGCCUAAUGCCGGAAAUGGAGCCGACCUGCCAAACUACAAGUGGACACAAUCCCUGUCUGAAGUUGAUCUUGUGGUGCCUUUCAACGUGAAUUUCCGCAUUAAGGGGAGAGAUGUGGUCGUGGACCUCCAGCGGCGCACCAUCAAGGUGGGCCUGAAGGGACACCCUCCCGUUUUAGAAGGCCAGCUUUACAACGAGGUGAAGGUAGAAGAAAGCUCCUGGCUCAUCGACGAUGGCAAGGUCGUUACAGUCCACUUGGAAAAGAUUAAUAAAAUGGAGUGGUGGAGUAAGAUUGUUACCACAGAUCCAGAAAUUAACACCAAGAAAGUCUGUCCAGAGAACUCAAAGCUGUCAGAUCUGGACGGGGAGACACGCGGUAUGGUAGAGAAGAUGAUGUAUGACCAAAGGCAGAAAUCAAUGGGCUUGCCUACAUCUGAAGAGCAGAAGAAACAGGACAUUCUUAAAAAGUUCAUGGCUCAGCACCCAGAGAUGGAUUUCUCUAAAGCCAAAUUCAGCUGAGACUCACUGUGAAACAUACAUGAUCACAUGCAUCCUAUCAAGAGGCACCAGCCCAGCUUCCCCGUUCAUUUGCUCACACCGACGCAGUUUUGUUAACUAACAUGUUUUAGUGCGUUGGAUCAUGUUUUUUGUUGUCAUGAGUUCUGGCUUGAUGACUGAGAUGUUCUCCAUGUUCCCCCUUUGCAUGUUGUGUCAAUAUUUAAAGAUGUGACUGGAUUUUUUAAAUAAAUGAAUAUAAAAUCAAA